GGCCGAGCCGCCACCGCGGCCGGAGCUGUCCCUUAGCCAGACCCGGCGAGACACGAGCGGCGGGAGGGAGGAGGUGGCGCGCCCCGCCCCGCCCGCCCGCCCGAGCGUCGGACGCGGCCCGGCGCCGAGCCAUGGAGCCUGAGCCAGUGGAGGACUGUGUACAGAGCACACUUGCCGCCCUGUACCCACCCUUUGAGGCCACGGCCCCCACCCUGUUGGGCCAGGUGUUCCAGGUGGUGGAGAGGACUUACCGGGAGGACGCACUGAGAUACACGCUGGACUUCCUGGUACCAGCCAAGCACCUGCUUGCGAAGGUCCAGCAGGAAGCCUGUGCCCAAUACAGUGGAUUCCUCUUCUUCCAUGAGGGCUGGCCCCUCUGCCUGCAUGAGCAGGUGGUGGUGCAGCUAGCAGCCCUACCCUGGCAGCUGCUGCGCCCGGGAGACUUCUACCUACAAGUGGUACCCUCAGCAGCCCAAGCACCCCGUCUGGCGCUCAAGUGUCUGGCCCCAGGGGGUGGGCGGGUACAGGAGCUUCCGGUGCCCAAUGAGGCCUGUGCCUACCUAUUCACACCUGAGUGGUUACAAGGGAUCAACAAGGACCGGCCAACAGGCCGCCUCAGUACCUGCCUACUGUCUGCACCCUCUGGGAUUCAGCGGCUGCCCUGGGCUGAACUCAUCUGCCCACGAUUUGUGCACAAAGAGGGCCUCAUGGUUGGACAUGGGCCAAGUACACUGCCCCCAGAACUGCCCUCUGGACCCCCAGGGCUUCCCAGCCCUCCGCUCCCUGAGGAGGCACUGGGCACCCGGAGUCCUGGGGAUGGGCACAAUGCCCCUGCUGAAGGACCUGAGGGCGAGUAUGUGGAGCUGUUGGAGGUGACACUGCCCGUGAGGGGGGGCCCCACAGAUGCUGAGGGCUCCUCGGGCCUCUCUAGGACCCGGACGGUACCCACCCGCAAGGGUGCUGGAGGGAAGGGCCGGCACCGGAGACACCGGGCCUGGAUGCACCACAAGGGCCUGGGGCCUCGAGACCAGGAUGGGACGCGCCCACCCGGUGAGGGGAGCAGCACCAGAGCCUCCCCUGGGUCUCCCCCAGAAGCUGAGACUCUCCCAGAGGCAGUUUUGGAGGUGUCUGAGUCCCCAACAGAGGCCACCAAGGAAGCCUCUGAAUCUUGCCCCCUGAGGCCAGGGGAGGUUGGAGGAGGAGCGGGACAGGGGGCUGAAGGGCCACCUGGUACCCCUCGGAGAACAGGCAAAGGAAACAGGAGAAAGAAGAGAGCUGCAGGAAGAGGGGCUCUUAGCCGAGGAGGGGACAGUGCCCCAGUGAGCCCUGGAGACAAGGAAGAGACCAGCCACCAGGAAGCCCUUGUCAAUCUGCCCUCACCAAAUGAGCAUGAGCUUCCAGAAUGCAGCCUGCUUAAGGAGGAGCAUGAAGGCUCUGGGAAGCCAGAAGGUGAACCACAGGAGGAGCUCAAAUCAGCGGACGAGAAAGAGCCUCAGCCCCCAGAAGCCUGUGGGCCUACAGAAGAAAGGGCCAGCGAGAGAGAGCAAGAGGGGUGUGCAGCAGGACACACAGGCCCAGAGGGGCUCCUAUCUGACCCACCAACACCACCCCUGGAGACUACGCAGGAAGGAAGAGGGGACAGCAUCCCAGAAGAGGCCCCUCCAGCCUCCAUCUCUGAUGACCCUGAUGUAGCUUGGGACCUGAUGGCAUCUGGAUUCCUCAUCCUGACUGGAGGGGUGGACCAGAGUGGGCGAGCUCUGCUGACCAUUACCCCACCGUGUGCUCCUGAGGAGCCCCCACCCUCCCGAGACAUGCUGAGCACUGCUCUUCAUUACCUCCACUCACUACUCAGGCCUGAUCUACAGAUAUUGGGGCUGUCUGUCCUGCUGGACCUUCGCAAGUCACCCUCACUGCCUCCAGCACUCGUUCCUGUCCUGAGUCAACUUCAGGACUCAGGAGACCCUCCCCUCAUUCAGAGGCUGUUCAUUCUCACUCAUCAUGACCUUCCAACUGAACUGUGUGGAUUUCAGGGUGCUGAGUUGCUGUCAGAGAAUGAUCUAAAAAGAGUGGCCAAGCCAGAGGAGCUGCAGUGGGACUUAGGAGGUCACAGGGACCCCUCUCCCAGCCACUGGGUAGAGAUACACCAGGAAGUGGUAAGGCUAUGCCGCCUGUGCCGAGGUGUGCUGGGCUCUGUUCAGCAGGCCAUCAAGGAGCUGGAAGGAGCAGCGGAGCCAGAGGGAGAGGAGGCAGAGGGAAUGCCUGAGCCCCUGCAGAAGGUGCUGGCAGAUCCCCGGCUGACGGCACUGCAGAGGGAUGGGGGAGCAAUCCUGAUGAAGCUGCGCUCUACUCACAGCAGCAAGCUGGAGGGCCCAGGCCCAGCUACACUAUAUCAGGAGGUGGACGAGGCCAUUCACCAGCUUGUGCGCCUCUCCAACCUGCACGUGCAGCAGCAGGAGCAGCGGCAGCGCCUGCGCCGACUCCAGCAGGUGUUGCAGUGGCUCUCAGGCCCAGGGGAGGAACAGCUGGCAAGCUUUGCUGUGCCUGGGGACACCCUGUCUGCCCUGCAGGAGACAGAGCUGCGAUUCCGGGCUUUCAGCGCUGAGGUCCAGGAGCGUCUGGCCCAGGCACAGGAGGCCCUGGCUCUGGAGGAGGAUGCUGCCUCCCAGAAGGUUCUGGAUAUCUUUGAACAGCGGCUGGAGCAGGUUGAGAGUGGCCUCCAUCGGGCCCUGCGGCUACAGCGCUUCUUCCAGCAGGCACACGAGUGGGUGGAUGAGGGCUUUGCGCGGCUGGCAGGAGCUGGGCCCGGUCGGGAGGCCGUGCUGGCGGCACUAGCCCUGCGGCGGGCCCCGGAGCCCAGCGCCGGCACCUUCCAGGAGAUGCGGGCCCUGGCCCUGGACCUGGGCAGCCCAGCAGCCCUGCGAGAAUGGGGCCGCUGCCGGGCCCGCUGCCAGGAGCUGGAGAGGAGGAUUCAGCAGCAGCUGGGAGAGGAAGCGAGUCCCCGGGGCCACAGGCGACGACGGGCAGACAGUACCAGCAGUGGAGGGGCCCAACGGGGCCCCCAUAGUCCCUCACCCAGCCUCAGUUCCCUGCUGCUCCCCAGCAGCCCCGGGCCACGGGCAGCCCCAUCCCAUUGCUCCUUGGCCCCAUGUGGAGAGGACUGUGAGGAGGAGGGCCCUGAGCUGGCUCCUGAAGCAGAGGGCAGGCCCCCAAGGGCGGUGCUGAUCCGAGGCCUGGAGGUCACCAGUACCGAGGUGGUAGACAGGACGUGCUCACCACGGGAACACGUGCUGCUGGGCCGGGCCGGGGUUCCAGACGGACCCUGGGGAGUAGGCACCCCCCGGAUGGAGCGCAAGCGAAGCAUCAGCGCCCAGCAGCGUCUGGUGUCUGAGCUGAUUGCCUGUGAGCAGGAGUAUGUGGCCACUUUGAGUGAGCCAGUGCCACCCCCGGGGCCUGAGCUGACUCCUGAACUUCGUGGCACCUGGGCUGCUGCUCUGAGUGCCAGGGAGAGGCUUCGCAGCUUCCACCGGACACACUUUCUACGGGAGCUUCAAGGCUGCGCAGCUCACCCCCUGCGCAUUGGGGCCUGCUUCCUUCGCCACGGAGACCAGUUCAGCCUUUACGCCCAGUAUGUGAAGCACCGACACAAACUGGAGAGUGGUCUGGCUGUGCUCAGCCCCCCAACCAAGGGCUCCCUGGAGGCUGGCCCUUACCUGCCUCGGGCCCUGCAGCAGCCCCUGGAGCAGCUGGCUCGGUAUGGGCGGCUCCUGGAGGAGCUCCUAAGGGAAGCUGGGCCUGAGCUGAGUUCCGAGCGCCAGGCCCUCGGGGCUGCUGUGCAGCUGCUCCGGGAGCAAGAGGUGCAUGGGAGAGACCUGCUGGCCGUGGAGGCGGUUCGUGGCUGUGAGAUAGAUCUGAAGGAACAGGGACAGCUCUUGCAUCGGGACCCCUUCACUGUCAUCUGUGGCCGAAAGAAGUGCCUUCGUCAUGUCUUUCUCUUUGAGCAUCUCCUCCUGUUCAGCAAGCUCAAGGGCCCUGAGGGGGGGCCAGAGACUUUCGUCUACAAGCAGGCCUUUAAGACUGCUGACAUGGGGCUGACAGAAAACAUCGGGGACAGUGGACUGUGCUUUGAGCUGUGGUUUCGGCGACGGCGUGCACGAGAGGCAUACACUCUGCAGGCAGCCUCACCAGAGAUCAAACUCAAGUGGACGAGUUCCAUUGCCCAGCUGCUGUGGAGACAGGCAGCCCACAACAAGGAGCUCCGAGUGCAGCAGAUGGUCUCCAUGGGCAUUGGGAACAAACCCUUCCUGGACAUCAAAGCCCUUGGGGAGCGGACUCUGAGUGCCUUGCUCACUGGAAGAGCCGCCCGCACCCGGGCCUCCGUGGCCGUGUCAUCCUUUGAGCAUGCCGGCCCCUCCCUUCCCGGCCUCUCGCCGGGAGCCUGCUCCCUGCCUGCCCGCGUCGAGGAGGAGGCCUGGGAUCUGGACGUCAAGCAAAUUUCCCUGGCCCCAGAAACACUUGACUCUUCUGGAGAUGUGUCCCCAGGACCAAGAAACAGCCCCAGCCUGCAACCCCCCCACCCUGGGAGCAGCACUCCCACCCUGGCCAGUGGAGGGAUCUUAGGGCUAUCCCGGCAGAGUCAUGCCCGAGCUCUGAGUGACCCCACCACGCCUCUGUGACCUGGAGAAGAUCCAGAACUUGGCGGCAGGCCCUCCUCUCAGCAUAUUUUGGGCUGGGAUGGAAGUAGGACAUAAUGGAGGACUGGGCAAGCACUGAAUUUCUUCCCUCUGCUUCUUGGACAUAGAGGAGGUCUAAGGACCAGAGCAUCACUCUGCUACUGCUAUCUCUAGUCUCCCCAGCUUGGUGCCUUCUCCUGCAGGAACCAGAGUGGCCACAUUGCUUGCCUUCAUACCCUGGAGGCAGGGAAAUUAUCUCUCUUCCAGUCCUUCCCCAUCCUCAGCCAUUGUAUCCAGGACAGCACUCCCAUGCUGGCCCUCCCCUGCCAGCCUGUGUUCUCUUCUUCUCACCCUACCAACUCUCCCUGAGAAGACUCAUCUCUGCCAGGUCAACUGGAGUUCCUGGUGACUCCAUUCUGGGGGUCACAGGAAAUGGAGCUAUGCAAACCAUUAUAGGAGGAUGGGGUGGGGAAUUGCAGACUUUAUAUAUGUAAUUACUGUUAUUAUAUUACUAUUAUUAUAUUAAAUGUACGUACUCACA